UUUAGGUUGAUGUCAUAGAUAUAAAAGAAUUUAUAAUGCACGUAGUGUUUAUCUAAAGUUUUUGUUCUUCUUUAUGUUGUUUGACAAGUGGUUUUACAGUCUACAUAAUAUUUAUAGGUGGAAAUAUUUGAGAUUAUGUUUUGAUUCAUCUUCAUUACGAACCCAAACGUGUUACUGGUAUGUUGUUUUGUUAAAUAAAGAAAUUAUUAUCAAUUAUUCGAAAUGCUAAUAAUAGGAAAGCUUUUACUCGUAAUAUUUACUGUUACUGGAACGAAGAGUGAACCGCAAUACCGCAUCUCAUUGGCAGAAAAUGGUGACUACAAGAAUUUUGAUAUCUCCUCCAUAAUCGAACUUCAUGAUGUAUCUAACUCAGAAGAUCAUAGAAAAGUGCGCGAUGCUACAUUUGUGGAAAGUCCGUUCCCAGAAAAAAUACCUGUUACGGUAAUAUACGAACCAGAACCUAGUACGCAACAAGACAACCGUAAUAAUGCUUAUGUUAAAGUUAAACGACGUAAGCAAGCAAAACGUUUGCCUGAUAAUAAAACCACCGAAGAGAUCCCCGACACAACGGUAAUCACGUCUGUUGUCACAGAAGCAGUAACAGAAAGAAAUCCAUCUACAUCGCCAGCACCAAGAACGGUAGUACCAAAAACAUUCACUAAACGGCCACCUGAAUAUAACCCAGUUUUCAAAAAGAUAAGACAACGUGAUCCAGUGGUCAAAAUAGUGGAUGAGAAAAAUUUUGUAUUUUCACAUAGCGGCAAUUUUCACUACAGUUUCGAAGGUGGCGAUGGUACGAAAGUGUCAAGUCAAGGCGAAUUGAAGACGUUCGAAGACGACAAAACUGGUGAAGCAGUUGUUGGCAGUGUCUUCUAUAAAGAUAACGAUGGGAACGAUGUCAGUCUAUCCUACACUGCAGAUGAAAACGGAUACAGACCUCACGGCGCUCAUCUUCCAACUCCACCUCCCAUCCCUCCGGCCAUAGCACGUGCUCUCAAAUACCUGGCCACGGCCACAACACCGGAGCCUGUAACGAAGCCUUCGACAAGGGAGAAUUAAUUUGUGAUAUCACUAUAAAUACUCUAUAGAUUCUUUAAAUUAUAGAAGUGUCUACAGUUAGAAGUUACUUGUUAUAUUUUACUGAUAUUUUAGGCAGUUGUUUUGUAAUCCUUUGAAUAAUAUAAAAUUGUAUUUGUAUUGCUAAGAUUUUGUUGAGGUUUUUGUAUAUUAAAAGUUUUUA